GUGCCUCAAAAUCAGGUGACUGGGAUUUUCAAACCAAGGCAGCCUCAGAACAGCGUUUCGAAACCUCGCCUAGUCAGCAUCGAGCAGCCCAUCACUACUUUGCUCUUAUGAGAUCCUAGCGGUCCGACUUCUUCACGGCCAUACGAUCAAGCAAAGGUGUGGAAGGACUUUCCCAUUUCACUUGUUCAUACACUGAGGUGUCUAAUGGCCUCCAGCUCAGGGCUGUCCAUGUGAGAAGUGAAUCUCCGAAGAGAAGGACAGACAAUUAAAGAAAGUGAAGAGUUUCCCACAGAGCAUGGCCUCUGCCAAAGAAGAUGGCGUGGAUGAAAGAACGGUGGACAUUAAAGAAGAGGACUGUGAGCGGCUCACACCAGAGGAUGUGUGUGUGAAGCUGGAGGAUCACGAAGAAAGAAUUUCAGUUUUUAAAGUGGAGGAGGAGUGCAAGGGGGUGACUGCUGCCAUUAAAGCUGAGGAUUUGAAUGAUUUCAUUGUUGGUCUUGAUAUUCAAAAGCAUGAAACUGAGGAUAUUUUCAAGCAAGGUGCCUGUGAAGAAUCUCCAUCCAGUUUACAUCCCUCGUCCACUAAUACAGGACGACUGUCUACACACGAGAAUUUUGCAGAGCUGAAAUUCGAGUUAUUAGAAUCUGAAGAGAAAAUCACCGAGGGAAAUGGGAGAGAAGGAGAAGAGUCACCUGGGAGUGUUGGAAUAAAUGUACAGAAGAAUGGCAGCUUCUCUCCACCUUCAUUUGGUCAGCCCUCUCUUCAGUACAAUGAGAAAGGUAUGAAGAAAUCAGCAAGAGGAUCAGAGAACCAGACAGCAGUCUUUUUGCAGUGCAGUUCUCUCCCUGCUACUGGAGCAACACAGACAGAAGCCAUCAAAACUGAUGAACAGCAGGUGGAGAAAGAAAUUGAAAUUCAUACUGGAAAAAAUUGUUGUUUGGAAUGUGGCAAACAAUUUAAACACAAACGUGGUCUUAAUAGGCAUAUGAAUAUUCACACAGGAGAAAAACCUCAUUACUGUUCAGAAUGUGGUAAGUCAUUCUUAAGGAAAAGCUAUCUUCAGAAACACAGAAGGAUCCACACAGGAGAAAAACCUCAUUGCUGUUCAGAAUGUGGGAAGUCAUUCUCAAUGAGAAGCAGUCUUCAGAGUCACAGAAGAAUCCACACAGGAGAAAAACCUCAUUGCUGUUCAGUAUGUGGUAAGUCAUUCUUAAGGAGAAGCAGUCUUCAGAGUCACAGAAUAAUCCACACAGGACAAAAAACUUAUUUUUGUCCAGACUGUGAUAAAUCGUUCUCAAUGAAGCGCAGUCUUGAGUCUCACAGAAUCAUCCACACAGGAGAAAAACCUCAUUGGUGUUCAGAAUGUGGUAAAUCGUUCUCACGUAUGGACAAUCUUCAGAGGCACAGAAAAAUCCACAUAGGAGAAAAAACUCAUUAUUGUCCAGAAUGAGCCUAACAAUUUUCUGACAAAUGCUGUUUUCAACGGCACACAGAAAUUGAUACUGGAGAAGCCAUAUUGCUGUUCUCAAUGUGGAAAAAUGUUUUAAACAUUAGCUAAUCUCAAGUAAACACACAAACUCCGACUCAAGCGAAAAUACAGUAUGUAUGCUCUGAAUGUGGCAAAUGUUUUACAAGCCAGAAAGGUCUUUAUCCAAAUGCCCAAAUCCAUACUGAUGAAAAAUCUCAUUGCUGUUCUGAAUGUGAGAAACGAUUCUCUUAUUUAAGGACACUUCAGUGCCACAUCAGAACUCAUAUAGGAUAUAAACCUUAUUGCUGUCCUGAAUGUGAUAAGCAUAUCUCCCAACAAAGCACCAUAAAGAGUCACAUCAGAUGUCACACUGGAGAGAAACCUCACCUUUGCUUGGAAUGUUGCAAACAAUUCUUACGUCUCAAUACUCUGUAUGAGCAUACGACAAGUCAUACUGGAGAGAAGCCUUACUUACAAUUGUAGUGAAUGUGGAAUGUUAUUCUCAUAUAAUAAUUAUCUUCACAAUCAUAAAAUAAUUAAUUCUGGUUAGAAACAAAGCUGUUCUCACUGUGGCAAGCUUUUCUCAGAUAGCACGACUCCUAAAGAUCACAUGAGAAUUCACUCUGGAGACAAAUAUUAUUGCUGUCCAUAGUGUGGCAAAUGAUUCUCACAUCCAAACACAUGUAGGUGCCACAGAAGGAUCUACACUGGAGAGAAGCAAUACACGUGUUCUGAAUGUGGUAAAGUGUGCUCUUCCAGAAAAAGUUUUCAGAGACACACACAAAGUCGGAUUGAAGUAAAGCCUGUCCCAGAAAUGAUAAAUGAUCUUUCCAUUGGAUCCUCGGGCAAAAAAGAUAAUGAAAAAUCUUCUGAAUAUGGUAAAGGACUCCAGUUGAAAGUAGCUAAUAAAUACAUGAGAGUAGUGGAGAAAACGCACAGUAGCAAACGGAUCCUAGAUGUAAGGUAACCUCAGAGCCACUUAUGAAUGCACACUAGAAUACAACACAUUUCACAAACGGCGAGAAUCUUCUUCAACAACUUCUAGGUGCAAGAAAAAAUCUCAUUGUUGCCCUAAAUGCGGUUAACUCUUUUCAGACAGCAGUGGCCUUCAUAUUCAUAAACGAUUGGCCUACUUGCGGUAAGCCCCUUAGCUGUUGUGAAUGUUGAAGUUGUCCUCCUAUAUCAGCCGCCUUCAGCAACACUUAAGAUUUCUGGAAGGACUCAGAAAUGGUACUGCCAGGACGUCAGCCAUACAGGGACUGAUCAUCUCUGCACCAGUGCUGUGACAUAAGAUGGUGAACAAUACAAACACCAGACAACAGAAUGAGGUAGCAACAGUACUGUGCGGUGAUGAUAACUUAAACUGCAGAGCACAACUAAAAAUUAAUAAUAAAAAAAAAAUGGAAAACUCAAAUCAAGUCCACAGUGCAGUGCCAACUACCAGGAUGUGCCACUGACAACGAGGGGAAUAUUUUUGUUUCGGAGCUUUGGAGAUGGGGCCUUAUCUGAGUAGCAAUGAACUUGUACCAUCUGAGAAAGAAAGAAAAAAUCUUGUUACCUGUAAUGAUUAUAAGUAGUUUCUUCACAAUACCAAGGACUGUAUUUUGAAUUAAUUAUGCUGCAGAGAGUUAUAUGAUUUAUUAUUUGUAUGUGAUUUGUUCUUCAUUUAGGUAGAAAUAGAAUCAGACUUGUGCACAGAAUAAGGGACUAACUUGCAUUCUUUGACGAGAAAAUGCUGACCUCUUCAUACUAACAGAACACCCUGUGAUAUUAUAAAGCAGUAGUGACCUGUUUCUGAAUUCUUUCUUAAAACUAUUUGAGCAUAUUUCUGAAAACUGUGAGUUCCCCGAUAACCUCUUUAUCUGAAAGAAGCAAUGUACACAUUCAAUUCAGGAAGUCGUAAGCUAUUAUAAUUUAUGUAUAACCUCAAAAUGAACUGCAAUAUAUAUAUAUAUUAUUAUUACACAAACUAGAUAUAUUGAGGGAAACCCCACGUUUGCCUGCAGGCUAUCUGAUCUGACCAGUCAGUGCCACUGAGCUAGUGGGAGCUGCAGAAUCUAUGACUCACCAAGAAUAAAGAAAUUGUUUUUUUUUUACUUAAAAUUGGUGUUUGUCUUCCAUUAUGUCUGACUCUUGGUAUCCUGUACGGGGACAGAGACGGCCAAGCGACUCCCUGAGUGGGAUCGUCCAGAGGACCAGCAAAAGGACUGAUUCCGGCCAGAUCGGGAGGAUCAGCUCCAGAAGAAGUUUGGACUGGCCUGCCUCAUGCAAAAUUUAAUGUAGGAAAAGGCUUGCAGGUAAGUCCGACUGUAACACCAAAUGCCGGAGGACCCUUUCAACAUCUGCAGAUACAUUUUUUAACUAACCCUGUCUCAUGGGUAUAAAUAUUGCUUAGUAAUCAUCUACGUUUAGUCACGCUGGGUGGAGGCUUUCCCAUUCUGGCACGCAGAUGCCAAGUCUGUGUCCAAAGUGCUAGUUAAAGAGAAAAAAAAUCAUCCCACAUUUGGGGUUUGCCACAGUAAAACUGCCUCACGUUGUUCACUCCAUCUUAGUUCAGGCCAAAACCUCACACCUCACUACUGCCAGGGCAAUACACUAUUAAAAUGUACUCUGUACCCUGUCAAAUGUCACUAUUGAAAGAUGCUCCACUUUGAAUCGGGCUACCUUACUUCUCACUGAGGGAGAGGGGGAACCACACGACUGCCAUGAUGAGAAAACAAAGGUCCUGAAACCCAGGCCGGACCUCCAGGAAACUCCACUAGAAACAGAAGUACUUUAUGUGGAUGGCUGUUUCUUGUGAUUAGACAACGGGACAUUCUCCACCAGUUAUUCAGUGGUCAAAGGAGACAACUUACUUGAAGUAAAUCGAAUCACUUCUAGAUUAAGCACACAAGCUGUUGAGCUAAUAGCUCUCACCCGAGCCUCCCAGUUGUCCAAAGGGAAGGUCAUAACCAUUUACACAGAUUACAGAUAUGCCUUUGGAGUCUGUCAUGAUCAUGGGGCAUUAUGGAAAUUAAGGGGAUUCAAAACCAGUACUGGAAAGCCCACACAACAUCAGAAAUUAGUGGAAUCCCUUCUCAAAGCUAUAACAAAACCAUCAAAACUGGCAAUAGUUAAAUGCUAAGCCCAUAUUGGGAAACAAGACCCAGUCAGCCAAGGAAAUGAACUGGCUGAUCACUUUGCUAACCAGGCCGCCUAUAAUAACACACCAGUCACUUUAUUCUAACAGAAGGAUGACAAAGACACUGAUAAUCAAAUUAUUUCUUUACAGAGCGCCGCCACUGACCAAGAAAGGAUAAGGUGGUCCCGAGAAGGAUCCCUCUCUGAUGGAGUCUAGACCCAUAAGCAAACUAACAAACCAUUCCUCUCAAAGGCUUCUUUUCCAGGAAUGGCAAAAAUUGCACACGGCCUGGAUCACACAGGAAAAGACGCUAUGACUCAGGAUGUCAAGCCACAUUGGGAAACCACAGGGUUCUAAGCAUAUGCUGAACAAUUCUACAUACUGUGUGCCCUAUGUCAAAGGUACAAUAUAGGCAAAGGAACUCGGGUAAGUCCUGCUGUUACCCCGAAACCAGUGGGUCCAUUUGAGCAUCUUCAAAUGGACUUCAUUGAACGAACAUCGUCCAAAGGAUAUCAAUACUGCCGUUUGAUUGUCGAUGUGUUCUUUCGGUGGAUUGAGGCUUUUUCUUCUAAUGCAAAGGCAGUGGCUAAAGCUUUAAUAAAAGAAAUUAUUCCAAGAUGGGGAAUACUAAAGAAACUGCAGACCGAUAAUGAUACCCAUUUUGUGAAGUUCUGUAAUAAAUGAACUGACUACUUGGUUCAGGAUAAAUGUACAUCAUUACCGGAAAUACCAUCCUCAAAGUGGAGGUAUUGUAGAAGGGUGCAGUGGUAUC